AAUCCCAAACACGGAGAUUAUCAGUGCAACGCCGCCAUGCCCGUAUUCGCGGCACUCAAAAAAGAUUCCAGCAUGCCCGACAAUAUUCGCUCCCCACCGGAUGUGGCCCGGGCCCUCAUGGCCGCGAUUGGCGACACCCAUCCCGUCAUUAUGGAACUCAGUAUGAACGGACCCGGCUUUGUACUCUGCCGCAUUCGUCCAAGCUUUUUGGAAACCCACGUGGACCGGUUCUUGCAAACCGGAAUUUUGCCGAAACCGCUCAUUCCCAAGCAAACCUGUGUGGUGGACUUUUCGUCCCCCAAUAUUGCCAAGGAAAUGCACGUGGGCCACUUGCGGUCGACUAUUAUCGGGGAAGCCGUCUGCCGGAUUCUGGAAUUUGUCGGACACGACGUCCACCGGAUCAAUCACGUUGGCGACUGGGGAACACAGUUUGGCAUGCUCAUUCAGUAUUUGAAGGAGGAAUACCCGGAAGUCGCCAACCACAACAGCGAUGUGGACGAUCAAGCGGCCUUGCCCAACAUUACCGAUUUGACCCAGUUUUACAAAUCCGCCAAGGCGCGCUUUGACGAGUCGGCCGACUUUAAAAAAACGUCCCAGACCAACGUGGUAGCCUUGCAAUCAGGUGAUCCCGAAUGCUUGCGCAUUUGGAAACUGCUCUGCGACGUGUCCCGCCAAGAAUUCGAAAAGGUGUACCAACGACUCGACGUCACAACGCACGAAUUUGGCGAGAGCUUUUACAACGCCAAGAUCCCACCCGUGAUUGCCGAAUUCGAAGCGGCCGGGAAAAUAUCGGUCGAAGAAGGUGGCGCCAAGUGCGUCUUUGUCGACAAGUUCAAAGUACCUCUCAUGCUGCAAAAGUCGGAUGGGGGAUACGGGUACGAUUCCACGGACAUGGCGGCAUUGAAGUAUCGUUUGCAGGAAUUAAAGGCGGAUCGAAUUAUUGUCAUUACGGAUUUCUCGCAAGGCGAUCACUUCAAAAUGGUGUACGCUGCUGGACGCGACAUUGGUUGGCUCGAUCGCAAUCAGCAGCUUGAGCAUAUUGGAUUCGGUACCGUCCAGGGUGAAGACGGAAAACGGUUCAAAACUCGAUCGGGCGAUACCGUCAGACUGGUGGACUUGUUGGACGAAGCGGUGGAACGGAUGGAAGGUUCAUUGAGAGAGCGUAUCGAAAGCGACAAAUCGAACAUUGCGCUCGACGAAGUGCACGAUAUUGCCGAAGCAAUUGGAUACGGCGCCGUCAAGUACUACGAUUUGCGUCGCAACCCGACCACGAAUUACAAAUUCUCGUACGACCAAAUGCUCGACACCAAGGGCGAUACCGGUGUGUACCUUUUGUACGCCCGGGUGCGUUUAGAGAGUAUUGUGGCCAAGGCAAAGCAAGACUAUAGUAUCGACGUGGAGGAACUCAUUCAAAAUGGUGAAAAGGUUCGACUGACGCAUCCAUCCGAGCGAAAUUUGGUCUUUCAACUCCAACAGUUUCCCGAUGUCAUUGAACAGACGCUGGAAGAUUUGUUUCCUUAUCACGUUUGUGAGUACGUCUACAAGCUUGCCGUGGCUACGUCCGAUUUUAUCAAGAAUUGUAUGGUUUUGGGAAGCGACGAAAUGAAGACCCGUUUGUUGCUAUGCCACGCUACGUCCUUGGCCAUGCAUCAGUGUUUCGACUUGUUGGGUAUUCGUCACGUUAAGCGUAUUUAA